CGACAGUUUACACGUCACGAAGUAGCUCAGCUGAAAGCAGGUCGCAGUCGUUGGUUGCGCUUAGUUUAUUAUAAAAGCUGAAAGUUAAAUAACAAAUACUCAACAUGUUGAGAAAAACAUUAGCCCUUUGCGCCUUGUUUGCUGUACUGAGUGUUUGCGUGUCUGAAGAUGAGACGCGCGCUCGCCUGCUGGUCUCUAAGCAAAUCCUGAACAAAUAUUUGGUGGAGAAGAGUGAUGUGCUGGUGCGCUAUACAAUCUUCAAUGUAGGCAAUGGUGCCGCAACAAGUGUUCAGCUUGUCGAUAAUGGUUUCCAUCCCGACGCCUUUGAGGUUGUCGGUGGCCAACCUACAGCUACUGUGGAUCGCAUUGCACCACAAACCAACUUCACUCAUGUUCUGGUUGUGCGUCCCAAGGCUUUCGGCUACUUUAACUUCACCGCCGCUGAGGUUUCUUACAAGCCUGUUGAAGAGGCUGAGACACUGCAAUUGGCCAUCAGCUCAGAGCCCGGAGAGGGCGGCAUUGUCAACCUGAACGAGUACAACAAGCGUUUCUCCUCCCACUUCUUUGACUGGGUGGCAUUUGCCAUCAUGACACUGCCGUCCUUGGCCAUUCCCUUCAUUCUGUGGCACUCGUCGAAGAGCAAAUACGAGCGCCAUGGCAAGAACAAGAAGCACUAAGUCGCUAAGUUGGAACAACAUUUUAAGAGAUUUUCCACCCACUGCAAUUCCGUAAAACAUUUUUGCUUUAUCAUCCCAAGAACAACACAUUCAACAUACUUUAGUUCCAAUUGGAAUUGUAAGAGAUCCGACGAGCGUUAAAUCGUUUUAGAUUUGUUUUAAGAGUUGAACAGAUCCAUUAAAAGUCAAGACUAGUUUUCUAAAUAAAUCAA